AGUACGCGGCGUGCAGCGGCUGACGUCAGAGAGGAGCGCGCAGCCACGGGAGUGUAAAUAGGGCAGAGCCGGAGCGCGGCGCGGAGAGGACACCCAGCCGGAGGAACGUGGAGGAUGGACAGUCGGGACGCACUGAACCCCGUCGCCUCACGCACCCGCCCGUGGUAACGCAGCGCAGUGAACGGAGGAGGAGAGCGGAGCUAACGGAAGAACCGACAACAAACAGCAAGAAGGAGAAGAGGAGCGCAGUUUUGGUGUCGUCGCUGCGAGGGAAUCUGUGGCAUUUCGCCCCACUGCCCCCCACCCCCCCCUCUCGAAUACCGCUUACCUCGCACUACCACAGGAGCUCACUCAUGGGCGGCCUGGGCGUUUGGGCUGUGGCCGCUCUGCUGGGGGCCGCAGGGUGCUGCCUGGCCGACGGGCCGAAGGGCAGCAGGCGGGACGGCGCCGGCACCUCCGCCGCCGCCGCGUCACGUGACUCCCACCAGGAACGACGCUCCACGGAGGAGGACAAAGUGGACGGGAGCAUCCAUCAACCCCCCACCGACCCGGACGGCGGUCCCUGCCGCAGGACGUACUGCGGCCGGGGGCGUCAGUGCGUCCUGAUGCCGGACACCGGCCGCGCCGAGUGCGUCUGCCAGGAGAAGUGCCGGCCCUCCUUCGUGCCGGUGUGCGGCUCGGACGGACGCUUCUACGAGAACCACUGCGAGGUUUACCGCACGGCCUGCCUGCAGCGCCGCCGCAUCUACGUGGUGCACAGCAAGGACUGCUUCUUCAAAGGCAACGCGUGCACCAUGUCAGAGUACAACAAGCUGAAGAGCACGCUGCUGGAGAUGCAGCCGGCGGCGCCGACCACCGGGGGGCGGGGCCAGCAGAGGGGCAUGGAGGCCAAGCGGGCGCUGGUGGACACCAUGUUCAAGUACCUGGACGCGGACGGGGACGGGCGGCUGGUCGGGGACGAGCUGGAGAAGGUCUCCACCAAGGAGCGCGUGGAGGACGGCCUGCUGGCGUGCACCAUGCAGGACCUGCUGCGCUACGACGACUACAACAACGACGGGCACCUCAGCCUGCACGAGUUCUACACCGCCUUCCAGGUCGUCCAGCUGAGCCUGGCGGAGGACCAGUCCAUCAGCGUCUCCACGGUAACGGUGGGCCUCAGCGCCGUCCUCACCUGCGCCAUCCAGGGGACGCUGCGUCCGCCCAUCAUCUGGAAGAGGAACGGCAUCGUGCUGAACUUCCUGGACCUGGAGGACAUCAACGACUUUGGGGACGAUGGCUCCCUGUACAUCACCAAGGUGACAACCAUCCACAUGGGGAACUACAGUUGCCAUGCCUACGGCUAUGAAUACCUCUAUCAGACACAUGUGCUGCAGGUGAAUGUCCCCCCGGUGAUCCUGGUCUACCCGGAGACGCAGGCCCAGGAGCCCGGCGUGUCGGCCAGUCUGCACUGCCACGCCGACGGCAUCCCGAACCCCAAACUGCUGUGGCUGAAGAACGGCGUGGACCUGCUCCCCAGGUCCUCCAAGCAGCUCUCGCUCAUAGCCAACGGCAGCGAGCUGCUGAUCGGCAGCGUGCGCUACGAGGACACCGGAGCCUACACCUGCAUCGCCAAGAACGAGGUGGGCGUGGACGAGGACAUCUCCUCGCUGUUCGUGGAAGACUCGGCCAAGAAGACACUUGCAAACAUCCUGUGGAGAGAAGAAGGCCUGAGCGUGGGGAACAUGUUCUACGUGUUCUCUGAUGAGGGCGUCACGGCGCUGCAGCCCGCCGAGUGUGAGAUCCGCCGACACAUGACGCGCAGCGAGAGGAUCGUGGCCACCUACGAGGAGAUGUGUCCUAAAGGCGAGGGCGUGUCCCCUCAGCGCUGCGUCUGGUCCUCGGCCGUCAACGUCAGGGACAAAUACGUCUACGCCAGCCAGCCGCUGCAGAGCCGCCUGCUGGUGGUCGACAUUCAAGCACAGAAGGUGGUGCAG